CUUGGCAAAAUCCACAGGUUUCUACUCGCUAUCGGGUAUUUAGAAAGAGAAUCAAGCACAUCAUGUAAUUAUCAUUAAUUUGAGUUUGUUUGAUUUUAUAGUUAUCUUUCUGCAACCCUGCUUUCAAUUAUAACUAUUAAGUGUGAUUUUAAAUGCAGGACCACAGUGUUAUCAGAAGGAGUCUGAAAGGGCUUAUCCUGUAAAAACAUUUGCAAAAAAUAUAAAUUUAGUCACCAUCACGAUGCUUGUAGACAUUCAACCCUUUUAGACAUUUCUGAAAGUUCUUGCGGAAACAUCUCCCGUUUUGCAAGACUCUACACUAAAACACCUGCAUGGGUGCCUAAGUCGACAGCGCAGUUAAUGUUAAUACCGCUAAAGUGACCGAGAAGAGAUCUUGUUAGCAGAUAGCACAACCUCACAAUCGGCAGUUCCCAUUGACAAUGACGUCGUAUAUGUUACAGCUGUCGUUUCAGCGCUCAAUUCUAGCUGCUCAUCCCCAGAAGACCUUGAACAACAUUUCUCCUUUGAGCUCUGGAGUUUUCCUCCAGCAUUGUAAGACUCUAUGAUGAGAGUGGUGCAGAAGCCUGUUUUGGCCGAGGUCAUUUGCUCCACAUUGCAUAUACCAAAACACCAUCUACCGUACUACAGUAUGUAUUGGAUGGAGGUGCUCUUCUACACUGAAUAAAUACCCUGGCCCAAGGAAGUCGACACAUUAUUUUACGAAGGUUAAACCCCUGCUGUAACUGUAUCGUGGUGUUUUGAACGGUAACGCCGAUGGCUUCUCAACAACAGAGGUCAUGACGGUAAAAAGGUAAGGUAAAAUCGGUGCCUCCGUUACGUUUUUUUUAACACGGUCCCUAUGAAGAAAGACGGUUUUAUUGGCAAAAAAGGAAAACAAGCAGAAUUUUAUUCAAAUGUUGAGCAAGUACCCGAGGGUAAGCGGUUAUGGCCCAAUGGACACGAAAGCUUAUGACGGAUCGAAGAUACGAUUGCUUAUGUGGAAAGCUACGGUAAAAUCGUCCACACGAGUAUCAUCACCGUUCCUCUGUUGGUUACGAUAAUUCCAUGACAUCUACCUGAGCCGAAAUCCAAAUAUACACGAAGAUGUGGGGAACGAUUGCCAUGAAUGAGCUGCGAGGGAAAAGUUUUAAUGUUAUCUAUAGUUCUCAUUUUAUUGUUUGCUUUUUGUCCAUGCGCUUCUUGGUUGUGAUACCACGUUCCAUGAAUACGGGUAGGAAAGGGGGGAUCCUUCAAGAAGCUUGUCUCCUCGCCCUUCAUCCGCGCACAGCUGUUAACAGGACAGAGCUAAGAGAGUCACAAGAUCCAUCCCCAACUUUCAGCAGCAGCCAUGUUCCACAGUUCCAAGUUCCAGUAUUCUAUCAAGUCAACCAAUGGAAAGGCGAUAGAAAGGCGGUCUGAAGUUUGAGCCUAGAUGUUGGUCAACGAAAGAGUGAACCCUUGACAUAUCUUGAGAGACCUCCAGGACUGCAGCACGUUUAGUGCUCCUGCCACAUGAACAAUCUAGCGUGUUCGCUCUACGGCCAAUACAAAGGGUCAUCGUGUAAAAAAUUCCCUCUUAAUCGAAGUCACGGAUUCCAUGGAUUUAAUCUGCACCCACGAGUAAGAACCUAGAGUUUAAGAACCUGUAAGAGGGUUUUAAUUUUAAAGAAAUCAUAAAAACUUCCAACAUUAAAAAAUCUAUUUUUACGAAAAAAAGAAAUACCACGAUGGUUAUAUUAUAAGUAAUGUGUCCAUAAACUUUCUUGUUUUAUACUGAAUCAAUGACAUUAUUAUUUUAAGAGCCAUUAAGCACUAUUUGUACGAGAAGCUGUUUUCAUCACGUAUAAUUAUUUUUAACGAAAUUUCUGCGAUAUCAAAAUGGUUGUGACAAGGAACUAAAAAAUCCGUGUGCAUUUCACCCAAAAUAACUGAACUACUUAAAAUAACGUUAAUUUUUAUACUAAUCAUGCAGAAAUGUAUAUCUCUAGUAAUCUAUAGUGGUAUAAAUUCCUUUUUUCUAAAGUUUGUAUUUUUUUUCGUGAUUUCCAUGAUUUGGGAGCCCUGUGGUUUUUCAUUUUUAGUAUGUUAUAGAAGGAUACUUUCUGUGCAAGAAACCGUUAAAAAACCUUGUAUUAGUCCGAUGUUGGCCCCGUAUUUGACGUAGAUUGACUGGACUAGUGGCCUCUAGCAGUAGGGAAAGGAAAUUGAAUUUCCUGUGCUUGCCCUUACCAAUCUCUAUUGCUGCGUUUUUUUUACAUAGUUGGCCAGAAGAGUGAAAAAGUGGUGCAGUUUUAUCGAGAAAACUGACUUAUUUCUUUAGGUAUUUGUCAGAUUUGUGUCUGUGUGACUCCGAAAGCUAAAUGUUAUGUAAUUUUAAUUACAUUACAUUUAAUUACAUUUAAAAAUGUAAUUACCCACUCCUGCAUUGUACAAGAAUGUACACCAAAUAGAAUGAAAAGUUCUACGCCUACGCCGGUGUAAAAAAAAGCAUCUGUCGAGACUAACCUAGGUGCCUCAGAAAUGUUUUCUUGGGUAGUUUUCCCGCUCACAAAGCUUUCUUCGUAUGCCAGUGGUUUUGGUUGAUUUUCGUGCUAUUCGGGAGUGGUAUUUCAAAGGGGGAGGUUCGGUUAGCUCUUGCAGCCCAUAUUUUCAAACCAAAAUCGAUUUCCAAUAAAUUCCAGUCUCCCUCACAUAUUUUUGGACUAUAAAAAAACGAAUUGGACUUGCUUCUUACAUUGUCUAUACAAUGUAAUUCCAGAAAAUAUACAUACCCAGCCUCCCCCCCCCCCCCCCAUUGAGGGAAUUGGAAAUUCCGGGGGGGAGGCAAACGCCCAGGAAUUUCCAGGGGGGGGAGGGGGAUCGUCCGAAGCGAAAAAUCCGGGUUCGUGAGAAACGCGAGUCUUUUAAGAGUCUAUAAUGAAGGCCGGUUUAUCCUUUGUUAGUCUGAUAAAAUCUGCAAUAAACGGUUAGAUUUUUGACGUCUUCUUAGAUAAGGACGUCUCUCCAAUACUACACUACACUAAUCUGAACCGGAGGGACGUAAAAGAACCGCUGAGCACGCAAGUAGAAACCCAGGCAGUGACCACGCUUAGUGAGAAAACUUGCAUUACUAACACACACUUAUGAUUGCAAACUGCCUUGCGCAGUCUGAUUAUUGAGGAUGAGAUAUCCUAGCAUGUAAAACCGCUUAGCUUAGGGCUAUACGAAAAAUCACUAUACAAAUGCACGUAAUUUAUUUAUUUUUUUGUUUAUCUACCUAACUACCCUAUACCAUGUAGUUUUGACUAUAAGAUAGUGUUUAGGUCAUCCGAUGCGUUAGACAAGGCAAGCGUAGCCUUCCCAUACUGGUGUUCCUAUUCGAGGUGUGCUAUUGGCGUAUCGUGUGUAACGUCAAAUGUAACGGGGUUUUAAACUAGGGAUCUUUUUGUAAAUGGCUUAUUUCAAUUUUGUAUCGUUUAAUUAUUCACAGUAAUAUAAUAGUAAAAAGUUACUGACACGUGCUUAUAGUGUAACGUCAAACGCUAACGAUUCCAUAAGACAUUUAUGUAACAUAUUUUUCUAAGAAGAUACAUUGCAAGUAUGCCCCUAGACUAAGGGAUUUUUUUUCCAUGAAUUUCUCCUAUCUUUGUAAAUGACUUAUUUCUCUUUCCUUUGUAAAUGACUUAUUUCUCUUUUCUUUGUAAAUGACUUAUUCUAGUCGUUUAAUUAUUCACAGUAAUAUAAUGAAUAAGUGUAUAAAGUUACUGCAGGUACAUUUACUCAUUUCUAUGCAACCUAUCCUUCUCACGUGAAAUAAAAGAGAAAGGAUUUUUAUGAAAAGCCAGUUCCACUGAGAACGUCUUAAAGUAUGCUCAUCACCACAUUCCUAUUUCUGUUUGGACUGGUCCAAGGAGAGUCCGGGACCAAGCCAGAUGUCCAAGAUGUCGGUCCUCUCGGUCAGAGCUUCAACUUACCCAAACUCGACCUCCUAUCCAAACAGCUCGCUCCCAAUGGAGCAACUAUCGCAAACUCUUUCAAAGGCAAAUGCAUCAAGACUUUGACGGGAAAAAGCCAAAGUACAAGAGAUAAAAUCUACUUUGAAGACACAAGGCAAAUGUAUAACUUCCUUAAUUCAAACGUGAAGAUUGGUGCAGACUUGGCCGGUACCUUCACUUUCAAGACAUCCUUAGACGCAGUAACGAAUAGUAUGACCGCUACUAAUGAGUCUAUCAAGGGAACGGUAGUACGCGUAAGUGACUACAGUAUGAGCCAAAACUUGGCUAAGGAUUGCCUGAAUGAGAUCGACUUCAAGGAAAAGUUCAUCAACGACUUCAAGAAACUCCCAAGUGAAAUCUCUAGACCUGAAGAUUCCUGGUCGUGGAAAGACUACAGCCACUUUAUCAAGACCUACGGCACCCAUAUUGUCACUGGGGUCACCUACGGAGCGAGUAUCUACAGCUAUGCAUUUUCCAGAUCCGAUACACAUUACACCAAGGAAGACUUCAAAAUACAAGCAUGCCUCUCACUUCUAGGUCCUGCUGCUCUGAAGUAUCUGAAAGGGAAUCUAAAUGUAAGUGUGUGCUCUGGGGUCAACACCAAAGAUACGGACAGAAUAUCAAGGUUUCAUAUGAACAACAAAGUCGUUAUUCGCGGAGGGAAGGCUGAGACGAGAGCUAAGCUACUUUACAAACGAGAGCCAGAACUUGUGGAGCAGUUUCUGAAAGAGGGAAGAGAGACGCCAUCGCCUGUGCAGUAUAGCUUCACCAGUAUCUGGGAUGCGUUGAGCUCAAGGUUUUACGCCACUGAGUACUACGCCAAAGUACGCAACCUGGAGCAAUUUUUCAAAGGGUUCCUUGCCUUUGGAUGCGAAAUGAAGGGCGUCGAAGACGUUGUGACAAACAAGUUCAAGCUGGCGCCGUACGCGACAGUGGAUAACCCAAUUUACCAGUGUUUACUCCGGGAACCUGGAUGCAGUAAUGAUAGCGACUGUAACUACCACGCCUUCAAAGGAUGCAAGUGUGACGGGAAAACCUGUAUUGACAACAGGGUGGUCCAACAGGGUGAUGGCACCUCAAAGAAGAUAGCGUUGGUUUACAGAAAGGAGUACAGAUGGAUGAGUGAGGCACCGGGAUGCGAAUACAAGUACAGAUCUUUCAAAUGCAGGUGCGCAAUAGAUGCCGGAUGGUCGGUUAUUUGGGCGAGUGAUGGAUUGAAAGACAAGCCUGAAGAUGAGAAUUUUAGCGAAUCAGGAGAGGACGGUGGAAAUAGCGGAUCAAGUGAUGGAGUUCCCACCUCUCCCAUCUCAACUGAAGCGGCAUGAUCCUCGGGUUUUCGGCCACGUCUAGUCCCAGCGCCAAUUUUCGUCUAAGUCGACAAGAAUAGAAUAGCCAAACAGAUUUUUUCAGCAAUCACAAAAUACUUGUAACCUUUGGUCUUAGUUUCUAGCAAUAUUGUGAAAAUCAGAGAGAUAAUGUACAGUGCCUUUUAAUGUGCUUGAUAAAUCAUGCGAAAAAUUAAAAAGUUAAAUUAUAUGCGUAAUAAAAAGGGGAAUUCCAA